AUGAUUCUUUGUGGUAGAGGUGUAAACUUGUUCCUAAACCACACCGCGAUAUGUUCUUGUUUAUGGAACGAAUCUCAGGCCACCAAAAAAGCCGAGGAGCUGGCUGAGAAGGUAUUGGAUUACGAGGCAGAGAAGACAGAAUAUGCAAGGAACUACGCCGAAUUGGAGAAGAAGCUCGAAGAGAUGCACGACCAGAUGAGCUUGGCGCCGGCCG